AUGCUAUCCACACCGUGUCCCGGAACACCCAAGCCGUCGGUAGAACUUGACGAGGACGUUGCAAAACGCAAAAUGAGCACGGCGGUCGAAAUGCCGGGCGUUGAACUCAAUCCGGCCACCGAAAGAAAGCUGGUCCGGAAGAUUGAUCUCUUUCUUCUCCCGGCCAUCUGGAUUGUGUAUCUUCUUUCAUACAUGGACCGGUCCAAUCUCGGAAACGCCAGGGUGGCGGGAAUGGGAGAUGAUCUUCACAUUACAGAGGAUCGAUACUUUCUAGCCGUGGUCCUAUUCCAGGUUGGAUACGUGGUUGCGGAAGUGCCAUGUAACAUGAUUCUGGCCCGGUCCCGGCCGUCGCUGUUUAUCCCGGCCAUCAUGAUAUGCUGGGGAGCCGUUUGCGCGGCCGUGGGCUCGGUCAAGACAUGGCAGCAGCUGGUGGCAGCGCGUUUUAUACUAGGGGUAGCCGAAGCAGGGUUCAGCCCUGCCAUUAUGUUCAUCAUAUCUAGCUGGUAUCGGCGGCAUGAGCAGUCUAAGCGGUACCUCGCCUUUCACAGUGCCGGCAUCGUGUCGGGCGCCUUCGGCAGUAUCGUGGCGGGCGCAAUCACCGACGGGCUUGAAGGCGCACGGGGGAUGGCGGGAUGGCGCUGGCUGUUCAUCAUCGAGGGCGUCGUGACGGUGACUGUCGCUUUCGUCAUCCCUUUUAUCUUGCUCGACUAUCCGUUGACAUCGAAGAAGCUUCAACCCCAUGAGCGCCAACUAGCUUAUUCCCGCCUACGAGCCGAUGGCAUCACCAGCCGCAACGAUGCGACAGAACAUCGCAUUGGACACAUGAAGGCCUUUUGGAUCUCGGUCUCGACUUGGAGGCUAUGGAUCCUGUCAGUGGGAUACAUGACUAUCAUCGGAUGCAUGUCACUCGCGUAUUUCUAUCCUGGCUUUGUUGAACGUUUAGGCUAUGACGAGAGCCAGGCACAGUACAUGACCGCGCCCCUCUACGCCGUUGCACUCUCCAUCGCCAUCCCGCUAUGUAUCCUCGCCGACCGCGUCCCACGAUACCAGGCCUUGUUUGUCACGUCCGUGCUGCUGGUAUUUGGAACCUUGAUGUGCGUACUCUCGGCGGCCGUUCAUGGCGCCACCGCGCGAUAUGUCUUUCUCUGCUUCGUAAACACGGCCGUGUGGGCCGGGAAUCCGCUAUCCCUCAGCUACAUCAGCAUGGUUCUGGGCCCGGUCCAGCCGGAAGUGAGAGCGAUCUCGUUUGCUAUCAUCAAUGGCUGUGCCAACUUAGCCCAGCUGUACGGAACGUACAUUUUCACCGUCGCGAAACCCCCGGGCUAUACAAUGGGCUUUGCGGUCUACUCUGGCAUCAUGGCAUUUGGAGCCGUCACCUUUCUCUCUAGCUUUUACCUAUUUCGAAGAUGGCCGUACAAGGCCAUUGAGGUUUUUUGA